AUGCAUCGUUCCAAGCGGUUUCGUCCCGGGCUACGCCAUCGCAGAUGUUGGCGGUGCUCAUGGGCCUCGCUGCUCCUCACCCUUUUCUUUCUUGUGCUUAACAGCCUUGUUUGGCUGUAUGGGUUUCGACGGAACCCAUCUCUUACCCCGCUCCCUUUUCCCACCGACCGAGAGGAGCUUGCAGUUGUGGGGCCGGGGGUUAACGAGCCCCGGCGCGCUGGUUACAAUUCAUCACAGACACCAAAUUUCGUCCUUUAUGGCUCUGAUAAUGAAGCACACGAAGACAUCAUUUUGCCAAAAGAUUUUGGUCAUGAAAUAGAAUGCGUGACGAGCCAAAGGGAAAAUUCGUCGCUGUUGUAUGUUCGAUUUACAGAUCGGAAAAGAGUGUUGACACUUAAGGACAUUAUUAAGAAGGUGCAUCACAAUCAUAAUAAAAAUGAUUCUAAUAAUCAUUAUCAUGACGUAAAUUUAUCCAUUUGCCCUCCUUUACCAGAAGAUGUGAAAAUCCCUAUCAAUGACUCUUUUGAGAUUGGAAUGAUUCGUGAAUUUGUGGGUGGUAUGUAUCAUCCCAUCUACUGCAAGCAAUGGAAACGGCAUACUACAAAUCGUACGGAAAAUGGAAAUAUUGAAAAGGAUGAAGUUGGCGGGGAAUAUGCGGCGUCCAUCUGUAGUGCAGAAACGCAGCACAAGUUGGCUGAAGCAAUCAAUCAUCCGCCCAAGUACGCUUAUGUCAUGAUGGUCUCAAAUCACCGUUACCUGGACGGUGCAAUCGUAUUAGCCGAUUCAAUCCGUGAACAUUCCUUACUUAGUCGUAACCAUGAAGCAGAUAUUGUUCUAAUAAUCAAUGAGAAUAUCAAGAAGGAAAUGUUUCCAUUACUUCAAGUUGUUUUUGAUCGCGUGCAGAUUUUUCGUGGAAUGCAAAAAUGGGCACCGAAAAGCAUUUUUAAGGCGACAUUUGACAAAAUGUAUCUUUACAUGCUAGAGGACUAUACGGGCGGGAUACUUUUCCUCGAUGCAGACACUCUUAUUACGGAUAACCCAGACUUUCUUCUACAAAUGCAAGAAAAGAUAGCCGCAAUUGUGAAAUCUGAAGAUCCUGGCUAUUGGACCGCAGCACGCCGUGCGGCUCUCUCUUACCCAUUAAAAGAAUCCGAGUGGAAGAGGUUAAUGAGUACCCAGAAAAUGCCUUUUCUAUUUGCUGUUGGGGACGAGGAAUACUUUCAAACCGGUUUGAUGAUUCUUAGACCUUCAUUGAACAUGUUUCUUAAACUGUACUUGGAGUUUCGCCUCGGAAGUACGG